AAAAUUUUCAACCUAGAAAAGUAUUCAUUUACCCAAAACAGAUGUCACUGAAACUGUGUGUUAUGUGUAAGAAUAAUGAAUGAAUGAAUGUCAUAAUGUCACAUGAGCAUGCUCCUCAAUUGUGAAUAAGGUCAAUUAAGGGGUCACCAGGACACAUUUUAAGUCAAAAUUUAUACUAAUCAAUCCAUUCACAUCUCAUCAUUUCUCUAUUACGUAAUCAACGAAAACCGCUGGCCAAUCAGAUUUUAGUAGAGUUAUAUUACCACCAAUCACAAUGUCCAGGGCGAUGAGUUAUUCAUUUUUUACAUGAAUAUUACAAUGCGAACACAUUAAACAUUGACAUUUUAUGCCAGUAUCUCACCGAGUCAUGUUGAUGUUUUAUUUUUCCCCCAAGUAUCGAUGGAAUAAAUUAUGAACAUUGUUGAACAUGAAUUUUCAAAACAUAUCAGGGGAAAAUUACCAAUUCAUCAACGGAACUGUUCUAAAUAAACAAAUUCAUAUGGAAUUAAAUCAAUACUUUUGUGUGUAUUAGAGGAAGAACAUUAACCUAAUACCCAUCGUUGAAAUAAGUAUUCUCAUGCAAUAAAUACUUUGGAUGUAAAUAUAUACAUAUAUGUGUAUUUCUGGAUUAGGUGUACAGAUUGAACCUGUAAACUGAUCUUUUCGCAUAUAUAUUACAUUCUAUCCAAUCAACAUACUGACCUCUUUCGACAGAGUUUGGAACCUUGAACCUCAAGAUUAUAAUAAUUAUACAAAGAUACAAGAGAUAUGAAAUCUAAAAGCCUCCAGAACUUUCCUCAACUCCCCUCCACCGUAUACCUCAGUCUUCUUCGUCUUCUCCUUCUCCUCAGUAUCAUUGGAUCAUCAUUCGUCAAUGCUUGCCUACAGUUGACAGAAAAUGAUCGUCCAGUCCUCUUUUGUCAAUCAGCUAUCCCUGCCUUACCGAUACCAAAGAAUGAAAUACCCGCAAAAGUUGCUAAACUGACAAUAUCUGGUAUGAGUGCAUUAGGUCAACACAAUGGUAUAUUGACACGUGACAAUCUAACCGGUUUAGAGACAUUGACCUACCUUCAAAUAAGUAAUUUCAAUUUGAGAGAAAUCGAUACACACACUUUUUCAGCCAUGGAACAUUUACGCAUUCUUGACCUUUCCAAGAAUAGUAUAGUGACUUUACGACCAGAAGCAUUCGCUGGACCUUCGUUAAAACUGCUCUCUUUAACAGAUAAUAAAGGUAUUCACUUUGACAAGUCAUCAUUUCAUGCAGCUAGAGUAUUUCAUUUAGCUGCUAGAAAUUGUGAUUUAACCAGUGUGGAUUAUGAAACAAUCGCUGAAGCUAAACCAAAACAAUUAAGUUUAUCUGAUAAUAAAUUAACUUGGUUAGAUCCACAAUUCGCUGAACUUGUUAUCGAUUCAUCAAAAUUAAAAAGUUAUCAUUCAUCUGGACGGCUAUCAUCGUCCACCCAUUCACCUAUUCUUGGUUAUUUAGAUUUAAGUAAUAAUCCUUUAAACUGUAAUUGUCAACUGGUGUGGUUAUCAAGGCUUAGUGAAAGUCAAUCGUAUGAUGCUUAUCAAUAUAUAAAUAGUAAAGAAUUAACCAAUAGUAAUAAUAACAACAAUAACAAUGACCUUCAAAUGGAUGCUGCUGAUUGGCCAGUUUCACCAAGUGAAUCAUCGAUUCGUAUUAUGCAACAUAUGAAUAUGACAUGUGCUCAACCGGCUUCAUUAGCUGGUAAACGGUUACCACGUAGUUGGGAGUAUUUUUGUCCAUUACCAAGUAUAACAGGAAUUGAAAUCAACCUACUGACACCGAGUGCUGAUUUAGCUCAAUUGACGUGUAUUGGACAAGGUCGACCGACACCAAGUCUUGCAUGGACAUAUAAAAUACAUGGACAAAAAGUACAACAAAUUUUAGAUGCAUCUAUUAAACAAACAUUCAAUGAUCAAUAUGUUUUACAAUCUGUGGAUAAAUCCUUAUCUUUAGAUGCAUUAAAAAAUAACAAUUAUAAUAAUAAUAAUAAAUUAAUUGAACGUAAACUAGCGUUGAAUGUCAGCUUGAAUUCAGUGAAUAUUAAAAAUUUCACAUGUACAAUAUGGAAUAAUGAUAAAGGUCCACCAUCGACAUCAUUAUUAACCGGCGACAGUUCAUCAUCGGCUUCUUUAGACAGUAUUUCAGAUAAACUGAAACCUACAUCGCUGAUUGUUCCAACAAGUGAUAAUAGUAAUAAUAACCAACCGGAUCGAUUACAACAUUAUCGAAUUCAUGAAGUCACUGUACGUGUAUCUGGUCCAUUGAGAUCAGCUGAAUUUAUUAGUCCAGGAAUGAUUAGUGGAUCAUCUGCUGUGAGUAAUACUCAACCACAACAACAACAACAACAAAAGGUGUCAAAAGUUGAGAAUGAUGUAAAUUCACCGUCAACAAUGACAACCACUUCACAGAUGGUAACAAAUUCCCUUCAAGAAGGGAAACAAGAUACGUAUAGUUAUUUAUUUAUUAAAAGAUUCACACUAUUAGAAUUAUUAGGAGCAGUUGUUGGAACAUUUAUCUCUACCCUGGCAUUAUUGUAUUUGGCGACAAACUGUCUUUCAUGGUUUUGUCAAAUUAAUAAUCAACUGUCAGUGAAAAGUAUGCGUAAAUCGACGAAUUUACGAUCAAAUAGUGGUAAAUGGUUCUCAUGGAUGCAUCAUAAUCCUAAUAAUAACAAUAAUCAUAAUAAUAAUCUCCUGUUAAGUGGAGGCAACCGUCAGGCAAUGAUGAAUCACACCACUCUAUCGCAUCAUUCUAGUCAGAAUGGGAAUGGUUUAGAUGCAAAAUUGUUACAGCAUGCUGAUAUAAACGAAACAACCGGUACUACAUUUGCUGAUAUGGGAUUAACCUCGACGAUAGGCAGUCCUUUAGCCUCACAAUUUAGUUCAACAACAAUAUCCACUCGACGACCAAAUAUCCCACAGGCAUUAUUACUUACCAGUGUACCAACACCACGGCUGGAAGCGAAUUCUACACCACCGCCAAAUCCAGCCUAUUGGCCUAUGCCAGAAUAUACUUAUUCAGGUGCUGGUAGUCAUGAAUAUGAUGUACCUAGACCGCUGGAAGCAUUCACUAGUGAAAGAUGUUGUCUAAAGUCUGGAAUGCCAGAGAAUAUCACGUUGAAUCCAAGUACAGCACAAUCAUUUCUUAAUUUAGCUGCACAAUCCUUAUUCCCUAUGAACGGGGGUACACAACAGAUAAAUAGAAAUGAUUUAGGCAGUAUAGGAGGUAAGCCGAACGGAAGUAUCUUUCAGACUUCAGCAACUAUCCCUCCACUGACUAUGCAAUGGACAACACAGACAAUAAAUCCAAUGAUGAAUAAAACGUUGACAAUUAAUCCUGUUCUUGCAUGGCAAUCAAAUUUAAUGAAUUCGCAGAAUAAUUCAUCAUCGCUACUGGGAACAACACCACCAAGUGAUAAACAGACACACGCUAGUAAUUAUACAAAUCAACCAUCGACACAAUCCAUCUUGUAUACAUCAGAUUAUCCAACUUAUCUACAGACACGACCAUAUCCUCAUCAUAAGGAACAUCAACAACAGCAAUUGCUUGAACAAUUAAUGACCAAUUCUGCACGAAAUUAUCCUGUUGAAAGUUUUACAACCACAUCUGUAGAUAUCCUACCUCCUCAUGAUCUUCCAAGAAAAUCAGACAAUAAAAUUCAUAUGAAUGGAUCAGAAAGUUAAAUAACUUGUUCGAACCCCCCCUAGUAAACUGUAAUACAGACAGAUGUCUUGGUGAAUAGAACGCGACAGAAGUGAAGUAUACCUAAAAGAGUAUAGAAUCAAUUCAUUAAAGUGUAUAUGUGCUGUAUUGAGUUCAGUUAAGCUGAGUUGAGUUGAGUUGAUUCUAUUACUCAUAGCAUUUUUAUUAUUAUUACUAUUGUUAGUAUUCCUAUUAAUUAUGAAAAUAAAUUUUUGUGUAUACAGUUGAAAAUCAUAUUCUCUCGACAAUUUUCACUUCACAUUCGUGUAAAUGAAUACAAUAAUCUUUAUAAAAAAACAGUCACAGUUUUAUAGACACAAUUUUUCUGUAUGUGUGUGUAUGUGUGAGUGCGUGCGGAGAACUUGAUUUUAUCCAUCUACCUAUCUAUCUAUCUCAGUUAAGAAAUACAUAAAUGUUGAAUACAAAUGCAACAUAAUCUUCCCACCUCAAUCAACUCGUAAACCAUACUAUCCUCAACAUCAUUAUGCUCAAAUUUACCCACCACCCACCCGUCCGCCUCUUUCCCUUUCCACGACAAAAAUAAAGAACACGAAAACUAUUCCAAAGUCUUUCCUAAUCAAUUUUAAACAAUUCACCUUAUUCAUAUUAUGGCAAAAAAUUUAAAAAAGAAAAAACCUUUUUUUGUGUAUCGAAAAUAUUUACAUUGAAAUUGUUUUGCCUACUGUUUUAUUGUAAGUAGUGUAUUUAUGAAAUUUAAAAAAUAAGCAUUUGGAACAGGCGUGCCUUUAGUGUUGUUUAAUUUUUUCAGUGUAUGUAAAGGUGGACGGGAAUAUUGGUAAGCCGACUAACUAAGUAGAUAAUUAGUCAAAUAAACUAAUGAUACAAUUGAGAGAAGUACUUAACCAGCAUUUUUCUUGAUUAUGAGAGAAUUUGAUCUAAUCUUGUAUGCGCGAACAUGUGUGUGAAUUAGCACUUCUAUG